GGGUGCGGGGGAAGUGCUCGAACAGGCUGAGAUCCUUGACCAUUCCAGAGAGAGAUCGGUACCUCCCCGCAGAAGCUUCCGAUGAAGUCCAUCUGAAGGGGGCACGGAAAGCCCAGCCCAGUCAUUCUGGGGGGCGGGGAACCAGCGACCGUGACCCCAACUUUGGAUUUACCACCUGGGGGGUGGGGGGAUCCUGGAUCUUGGCGAUUAUUUUGGGGUACUCCGGACGCCAUGUUGUGGAAAUUAGCCGACAAUGUCAAGUACGAAGAGGAUUGCGAGGAUAGGCACGAUGGGAACAGCAAUGGGAACCCCCGCCUCCCUCACCUCCCAGCGGUCAGCCAGCACCUUUACAGCCCCGCUGCCCCACCGCUUUCACAUUCAGGGGCAUCAGACUUCCAGCCGCCUUACUUUCCCCCGCCCUACCAGCCCUUGCCCUAUUCACAGUCUGCUGACCCGUACUCCCACCUGGCUGACCCGUUCUCCAUCAACCCUCUGCAUCAGCCUGCACCAGCUGCCAGUCAGCAACAGGCCUGGCCUAGCCGCCAGAACCAGGAGCCAGCUGGCUUGAGCCACCACACAAGACCAGGCCUUGUCCCCCACCUCUCUGGGCUGGAUGCUGGAGGACCUGGGGCAAGGAGGGAGACCUACAGACGUUCAGAGCUGCUCCUACAGCCUCACGGCCACGGACUAGAUGCAGCACUGGUGGAAAAUCUGGGCUUGCACGACAUGGCCCAUCAAAUGGAAGAUGUCCAGAAUGUGGAAGACCAACAUUUACUGUUGCAUGAUCAGACAGUCAUCAGGAAAGGUCCUAUUUCAAUGACCAAAAGCAACUCCUUGGGUAUCCCCUGCCAGAAAGAUGGGAUGCUAGGAUCAGUGGUUAAUCAUAAUGAAGUAUUUUGCUCUGUUCCUGGAAGACUUUCUCUUCUCAGCUCCACGUCGAAAUAUAAAGUGACUGUAGCUGAAGUCCAGCGAAGACUUUCCUCUCCUGAAUGCUUAAAUGCCUCCCUGUUAGGUGGUGUCUUGAGAAGAGCCAAAUCCAAGAAUGGGGGCCGAUCUCUGCGGGAAAAGUUGGACAAAAUUGGUUUAAAUCUUCCAGCUGGAAGAAGAAAAGCUGCUAAUGUGACAUUAUUGACUUCUUUGGUAGAAGGUGAAGCUGUGCAUCUGGCCCGGGAUUUUGGUUAUGUCUGUGAAACUGAAUUUCCUUCUAAAGCAGUGGCUGACUAUUUAACCAGACCGCAUUUAGGACGGAAUGAAAUCGGAACCAGAAAGAACAUGCUACUUGCUGCUAAACAAAUCUGUAAGGAAUUCACAGAUCUUCUCACUCAGGACCGGACUCCUCUUGGAAAUGCUAGGCCCAGCCCAGUUCUGGAUCCUGCCAUCCAAGGCUGCCUGACUCAUUUCAGUCUAAUAACGCAUGGCUUUGGGAGUGCGGCCAUAUGUGCAGCCAUGACAUCUGUCCAGAACUACCUAAAUGAGGCAUUAAAAAUAGCAGACAAAACUUACAUGAACACAGGCGACCAAAGUCCCGCUGAGUCUAACAAAACUAUUGAGAAAAUGGAUAAGCACCGGAAAUAGAAAGGGUGGGUCAAUGGGGGGGAAGUACAGCCUGGGGAAAAGUUUGAAAAGGACUGAAACUAUUCUCCUUAAUACAGACUAUGGGAUGUUCUUCUUGCCUAGGGGACGAUGUAGAAAACAAAAUUGUUACUUUAUUAAACAUCAUCUUAUUCAGGAUCUUCAUGAUUUACACACCCUCCCAUUCUGGAGCCUUGUGUUUUUAAAGCUGCAAUAUCUCCAAACUUUGUGGACAAGUUAUCAGAAGACUACAAGCUUGGGUACUUGUUGGGUACUUACUCCUUAAACCUUUUAUCCCUUUCCCCUUUCCUCCUUGCUCUAAAAGUGGUGCUAAAAAAAAAAUUAAAAAAAAAAAAGAGCUUUUGACCCUUUAAAAUUCCCAGUGCUAAUAGUCAAGGGGGUAGAGUAUUUUGGAUACUAUAAUUAAGAAAUUCCUUUUUAAGUCAAAUUCUCCAUGUCAACAAUAACCAUUUUGCAGUAUUAGACUAUGGUGUUUAGAUAUAUCUCCAUUAACUUUAUGUAAAUGGUUAUCUAAGCUUCCCAGAUCACAAGUCUUUUACCCUAUGAAGGAAAAAUAUAAUUCUAUUUGAUCUUGUCUUACUGGAUAGCAUUUGACACACUAAACUUCCAAAGGAGAUAAUUCAGGUUUUUCAAAACUUUAGUCAAAGUCUGUGCUGUAAGUGGGUUUUUUAUUUUGUGUGUGUAUGUGUGUGUGUUUAAAAAAUUUUAAAUAAGUGCUAAAACUGAAAUGUCUUGGAGGAAUCCUUUUCUCUCAAGGUAUAUCGGUUUUAUUGAAUAUUUAUAUUGGGUCUGUUUUAAAAAACAAAAACUUGAAAUUCUAGGCACAACAUUUUAUUAACUUUUCCUUUUUUCUUUUGCCUAUUAAGGAAAAAUUUUUUACGACCAGGAUGGCUCUGUGUAUUAAGAGAAAAGAGUGUGUUGAAUGUACAUAUUUAUUUAUGUGUAAUUUAAUGGGAUAUGUAAAUACUGGUGAAUUUAAAUUUUUUAAUGGGAUUCAAAUUUAAUUUUGGUGGCUUUUAAAAGGGACUGGGGUGAACUAAAUGUCUUAGGUUUAAGCACAACAAGUACGGAUGCUAUACAGGGUAUUUAAAAUGUUUUGACUUUUGGACAGGAAAUUCCAAUUCUUGCAACUGAAGUUAUUUAAUCAAAGCUCUGUUCGUUCACAAGGCAAUAAUUGUAACAUCUCCCUGAUGACUUGCUCCUUGCAAAAAUGAGUGAGGGUUUAGUGUGCGAGAGUGACCCAAGGUUUUAAGUAACCACCUAUUUGUAAAUGUUUCCAAUAUGAUUCUGUUGUGUAUAUCAUAACUAUAAUAAUAAAAAUAUUCUCAAUAGAAGCAAAGCAGUGGAUGUUUGGUUAAAUGCUAGUUUUUGGAUGUGUUUUUUUUUCCCCCCUCACAACUGAAGGUAUGAUGGCAUAGUGUUGUAGAUGGAAUAAUUGUGAGACUAACAUGAUGGGCAAAAAAUUGUCAAAGAGAAUUAGUAUUUUUCAUUAAGGCAAUCUUUGGGUCAUUUUGUUUUCAGGAGAGUCCUAAGGGACAAGGACCAUAGUCUUUCUCUGGAAGGGUUUAGCAUAAUGCAAGCAGCCUGAUACAAGAUAUUAAUGCUUUCAUUUAACUUUAAUUAUAUAUAUCCAGUAAAAUUUAUAUAUUCAAGGUAUCUUAAUCAUCUCUGCUGUCCCUGUAGGCUAAUGAUUGGAGGCUCUUUGAAUAGUUUUCUUUAGGAGAAAGGACAGACUGGCAAGGGAGAGUAUUUGCAGAGAUCUUGGACACAUACCACCAAUAUUUGAUUUCAAGUUUUAAGUGCCCUGGCAUUUUUUCCAGGAAACGAUAUGUUUAUAGUUUGACUAGUGUGGCUUUGUUUUCGAAAGGAAACUGUAGGCUUUUCUACAUUGGUUAAAGCCAUUUGAUCUAUCUACCCCUGGUUUUUAAGUCUUUAGUUCAUAGUUCUUCCCAAGUCCUUUUGUAAGACUCUUAAAGCUAGUUUAUACUUUGUUAGCCCAACAUUUUGUGCCUUGGCAAUGAUUAGAUCUGGGCCACUGGAUGUUUUUGGAUGGAUUUAUCUGGUUAGUGUCUUAUAGAUGACAGUUGAUUUGCUGAAGUAACUACUCUUAAUGAAAAGUGGAAAUUUGGGGAAUGAGAGACUGAUUUUUCCUUAUGUAGGAUCCUUGCUUUGAAAUGACUUUUGGGAAACAGAUUCUCUUUACUUCUCAACAUCUUAUUGGCUUGCAAGAGCUGUGCUAAUUGCCAUUUGGGCUAUGUACUGGAAAUGCCCCAAAGACAAUUGAGGAGAAAGAAUGCGGAUAGGGAUGACUCAAUAGAAACUGAGUUGUUUCUUAGGGCCCUGAGUGUUGUACUAGUUACUUCUCAUUCAUAUUGUGAGCUUCCUAGACAGUGAACCAUCAAGUUCUAUGGCGUCUAAUGUUUAUUCCUGGCAAUGAUGGAUUGACUUUGUUUUCUUGAAAUGCUACAGACCUGGUGCCAGGGAAAAUACCUAAUUCUUCAGAAGAUCCAUUAAGAUGGAUCUUUAGUUAGAUAGUACCUAGCUCUUAGUACUCAUAAAAUUAAACUAUAUACCUCUCUGUUCCUCUAUUGGGGUGUAGUAUUUUUUUUUAAACCAUAUCUUCUGUCUUAGAGUCAAUACUGUGUAUUGGUUCUAAGGCAGAAGAAUGGUAAAGGCUAGGCUAGGCUACGCAAUGAGGGUUAAGUGACUUGCCCAAGGUAACACAGCUAGGAAGUAUCUCAGGCCUGAUUUGAGCCCAAGACCUUACUUGUUCAUUUGAAUCUAUCCAGGCCUCCUACCUCCUCACUUUAUCAAGCAAAAGCAAUGAGUGACUUGAACAUAUAUUGCUCACAGCCAAUCUUUAUAGACUUGUACCUUGUUCAGAGCACUUGCACUCAAAAACUUAAGUUGGUUCCUUUCCUGAAUGACAACACACUUCAAUCAAGUUAUCACAUUGGGCCAUUGUAGAUUGGCUAUUAAAACAAAAUGUGAGUUUUUAUUGGUGUACAUAACUGGGCUCUGAAAUAAUGGCCCUCUGGCAAGAGGAAAUACAGAUGCUUACAUUUUCUCAAUUAUUGGUGACACUGACUUGUUCCAUUUUGUAUAGGAAUGUUUAGAGGAGCUACACACUGAUCACAGGGCUAACAAGACAGUUUGGAUCCUUGAAAUCUUACAAUGAACUCCCAGAAAAUGGAUACAUCUAACUGCCUGGAGAGGAUCUCACUUAUCAGAAGGGGGUGUUUUACAGAAAAACUCCCACUGGAGUUAAGUUUAGGUUGGAGUGGGGGCAUUAUAGGAGAGGGAAAGGGAAAGAAAUUGGUCUGUGUAGUAGUAUAUGAUUGCUCUGAAAUGAAUGUCAUGCUUUUUUGUCCCGUUGGAGUAAGGGACUAAAUUAGUUUUGCUCCUUAUGUGAGAACAGUUUCAAUGAUUGAUUGUCUGCCCAAAAUGUUUUGGUGAAAUCUUCCUGUUUAAGUGAGCUGAUCAGAGGUUUCCAAAGUCUGUAGUAAUAGCUAUUGUUAAUAGCAGUGGUUCCCCUUUGUGUACAUUUACAGAGCACUAUCUCUUUAUUUGAUGCUCGCAACAGAUCAGCCCAUUUAUCCGGUAAAGGAAAUUGGGCAAUGACUUUAUAUAGCUCACACAACUAGUCAGUAUCUAGAUAGGAUUUGAGCCCAGUUUUUCCAGACUCCCAAUUUCUCUUUCUGUAGUGCUAUGCUCCUUGGAUGCUAAACUGAAAUCAACAUGCCAGUUGGGUACACCUAUGACUUGGGAAACAGCAAAUCCUGGGUGAUUGGAUUUGCUUUGAGUGUGUUCAACUCUCAAGUGCUUUGUGGAUGGUUUUUUUCUUUUAGGUUAGACUGCUUUUUCCUUUAAGAGGAAGCCCAGCUUCUUUGCUUUUGAGUAAGCACCAUUGGCUUGAGAAGGAAACGGCCUAAAGUUUUGGACAAGUGAUGGAUGGAGACAGCUUAGUCUCAGUAUGUGAGCCUUCCAUUGCCUUGAGUGUGGUUAGUGACCCUUAUCAAGUCUCUACUUUGCUUUCUGUUGGCUGCCUCUGAUUUUUCCUUUUGAUGAUUGCCAUGUGGAAGAUAAAUAAGCUUUGUUUUCACAGUUCAGAUUCUGGGAUGAAUGAAGGUUUAUCUGGAUAGAAAAAAAUCCUUUUCCGUUUCAAGAUUUACUUACAUCAGCCUGUAACCAAUAACUUGUAGUUUCUCUCCCUUUUUUUAGGUCUUGUCCCAACAUUCCAGGUCUCUUCCAGAGCAUCAACUGCUUCUAUCUGAAAUCUAUAAGCCAGCCUCACUGGCAGGCCAGCUUUUUCCAUGUGACAUUUUCAGUGAUUCAGCAGAGCCGGAACCCUUCUUUAUUUUGUCAAUCCAAGCUUUCAUUUUACCCACACUCCACAAAGUAUAUAAGGAAACUUGUGAGCUUUUGUCCGCAAGUAACAUGGAACAUGAUCUUCUACAGAAACAACUUGACCUUGUGAUUUUUUUUUUGUUACGUUGGAGCCCAUAUUUUCAUGGAGUACUCAAAUUAUUUUUUGGCAACAUCAUAAACAUUGCUAUUUUCCUGCUUCUAAUGGAUAACAUCUUGAUGGAGGGAAAUGGAUGGGGAGAGUGGAAAUUGAGGACAGUUCAAAUACAUAAUGUUAUUCCUUGGACAGGUUUCUAUGUUAGAAUUGUUGAAAACACUCAAAUUUUAGCCCAGUGUUCAAAUCUGAAUACUCAUGAUGGCCUACAAUGUUUAAUAUGGCCUGUUUCUUUGUGAAAGAAUUCACAACUCCUACCAUUUGUUACUGCAUCAGUUUAGUUUUUACCCAGGCUGAAUCUAAAGGUAGUAGAUUAUCUUUGAGAACUUUUCUGGUGAGUGCUUUCUUCUCUCCCUCCUUUCCCUUCUUUCUCUUUGUCUUUCUUUUUUCCUCUCUUUCCCCUCUCUCCCUCUCAUCUCCCACCCCCCAUCCCCCCACCCCCAAUUCCAGGCUAGCUUUAUCCCAUGUACCCUUCCUUUUCUGUCACUUUCCCAAAAUUAUACCCAUCAGAGACUUGAUAAUCAAAUCAAGUGACUUGUGGAUUUGUAAGCCAAAGAGUAGGACUGCAUUUUAAUCUCAGACAGCAUAUACUUUUUAGCUAGCAUGAAGUUGCUAGCGGUCACAAUUCCUUUGGCCUGAGCUUCUCUGAGUCUCUGUUUAUCCCUACGUUAUGUAUCCUCCAAAAUAGCCUGACAUCUCUUGCUAGGAGUUCCCUGAAAACAAUUCUUUUUACUUCUGUGGGACUCAUCUGAGCCUAGAACUCUUAAGGAGCUGAAAAAGGCCAGAGGGAUCUGGAUCUUCUAGUCCAGGUCUUUUGUUUUAUGGUUGGGUAAACAAAGUCCCCAGAAGAGUUUAAGUUGUCUUUCUUGGGAUCAGUCAAUUGAUCAAUAAACACUUAUUAGUGGAGCAGCUCCUCUUUUCUAUUAAGAUUCAGCUCAGGAGGGUGACUAAUUGUUCAGUGGAUCUUGAGUUAGACCUAGAGAUGAAAUGCUGUGUUCAAACCUGGCCUCAGACAUCUAGCUGUGUGACCCUGGGCAAGUUGCAACUUCAUUUCCUAGCCCUUACUACUCUUCUUUCUUAGUACUAAUACACAGUAUUGAUUCUAGGAUGGAAGACAAGAGCCUUAAAUUUUUUAAUAUUAAUUAUUAUGUGCCGGGCAUCAUAAGUGCUCAUAAAAAGAGGCCAAAAAACAGUCCUUGCCAAUGAAUUCAUGAUCUAAUGGGAAAGAGAGAAAAAGCAAACAGUUGUGUACAGGAUGACUAGGAAACAUUAAAAGGAAAUGCAUUGGAGUUCAGAUUGGUUGGGGAAGGCUUCCUAUAAAAGACAGAAUUUUAGUUAAGACUUAAACCAAGCCAGAGAAGACAGCAGGCAGAGAUGCCCUGGGGCCGAGAGAAUAUCAGAAAGGUAAAGGGUUAGGAAAGGGCUUUAAUGGCAAACUUCUAUGCUUACAAUAUAGGAAGCCAGAAGAGUUAGCUGAGGGAAGAGAUAGUGUGUGGUCAGAGCUACCCCUUACAAACUAAGUCAUUUGACAAAGUUAAGGCUAGAACUAAGGUCUCCUGAUCUGCCAGAGUAGUUUUUCUGCUUUGCUAAUUGGUGAAAUGCAUCUGAGGAAAAGGGGCAUCUUUCAGAACAGGAACACGAUUGAUUCUGUAACAUGGAAGUCCUCCUACUAUGAUACAUAAAAGUAUGAACUUUAAAAGCUAAACAAGAGUCUGCUUCACUUCUAUUACUUGAUGGGAACUGAGGGUGGGUGGGGAGGAAUGUCUACUUGGUGUGGAUCUACCUACCUAUUCCACACAGUUGUGCAUGUACUUGCAGGAUAAGGACCUGAAGGUGAGUCAGGGAGGUGAGGUAGGGUGGUUAGGUGCUGACUCCAAGGCUCUGUGUCUUCAGGGAACACCCUUCCUUCCUUCCUCCUUUCUUCAGCCCCAGCCCGCUGAGAAGGGUGGGUGGGAGGAGGAGCAGGGUUCAAAAGUGUGUGUCUAGACCCAUCCUGAGUGUCCUUGCUUCUCCACUCUUUCCUUCCCAGCUCCUAGCCCUUUCUUCUAACUUCCCUGCAUCUCUUUCCCCCUCCCUUUCUUCCCCAAUCCUCAUCCCUGGCCCCAUAAUGGAAGGUGGUGGGGGAACUAAGGAAAAUCAGAGACUGGAGAUCUGCCUAGCUAUGUAUUUCAAACUUGUCAUCUUAUAGGUGGGGAAAUUUAAUUUAAAGAAACAUGACAUGUCUAUUAAGCAGGAAAUAGCAGAAACAGGAGUCUGCUGAUUAAAUCUGGUGCUCUGGACCAAUUUUGUUUUAUAGUUCUAUUGAUGUCACCUGUUACUCAGGAGGUGGAGGGAACACCCCAACACCUGCCCACCUUUUAAGUGGAGGCAGGAUCUUCACUUAGAGAUAUUUACAUGGGUUUCCUCUUCAGGUACUGGCUGGAUUAAAUAAACUGAAGCUCCAUCCCCAGAGUCUUGACACUCAAAAAAUUCUUCUAUCUAUAAAGAUAAACUAAUGACUAAAGAGCUGGCCUAGCUAGAGGACUGUGUUCAAGUUGUCUCCCUUUAACUUACCUGAUUUCCCUUAAAUCUAGGGCUUAAUUCUCUGGAUCAUGGUCACUAUCCUGUAUAGAGCGUGUCUAUGAAUAGGUAUUUAUGUUCUGUCUUCCCCCACUAAAUUGCUUCUCCAAACACAGAAUGUCUUUUUAUUGUUAACCUUUUUUUGUACCUUCAGAAUAUGAUAUUUAGAAGGCCCUUAAACAUGUUUAUUGACUGGCUGAUUCUGACUAAGUGAUCCAGACGUGGAAGAGUACUGGCUAUUAAAGUCUCCGUUUUUACCCUGGUAUUUCUCUUAAUAUAGCCAUACAUUAGAGCUAUUAUGGGUUUGGUUCCAAAUUUAAAAAUACUUUCUUGCUAGAGAAUGCUAACCAUCACCUGAGCCUUCAGUGAAUCAUAAAUCUAUUAACGAUGGAGAGUCUUCCCUGGAUGUUGGUGGCUGCUUCUCUGCUCCAAGUGGUAGUUGUGAAGGUUGGGGUGACUAUGGCAAGUUAUUAAAAUAAGAACAAUAAAGUUUGCCACAUUGACUCCACUCAAAACUCAUUGUAGGGUUAUUAGAUCUCCUAAUUUAAAUAUUGUUGCAUCUCUGGGAAAAGGGAGUCCUAAAGAGAGGGAGAUGGGAAUGGCAAGUGGUGGAGCAGUUAAAAGACAUUUAAUUGAUUCAUUUCACCAAUCUUCUAUAGGUAUGGCUUGUGGUCUCUCAAAACAAUUACCAUAGUAGUAACAUCAGGUCACUCGUCGCAGAUCAUAAUGGACGUGAUUGUGGAAAGGUUUGAAAUAUUGCCAGAAUUUCCAAAAUGGGACACACAUUGGAAAAGUGGCACAGAUAGACUUGCUUGAUGGAGGGUUGCCAUAAACCUUUGAUUUGUAAAAGAAGUGAAAUGAAGCAAAGGGUGACAAAACAUUUAAGCUUGUAUUGUGCAUUAAGCAGUGAGUUCUCUCAGUGGUAUCAAAACUCAAAUAAAAAAUGGGGACCAUGAAACCUUA